UCCGUCAUUGUAUCUGACAAAGUUUGACCACUCAGUGUAUGUAUUUACUAUAGUUAAGUAGAGCUUAAACAGAUGAUUGGUUUUUAACGUUAUUUAAAACCAAGUUUUCUGGAGCUUAUUUUUUGGCAUGUUUCGUCAAAAGCGGUUUAGCCAUUGACAAGUAAUAAAUGAUCAAAGUCAGGAUCAGGAAAUUAUUGCUUGAGUUGUCCACUUUUUUACUUUAGUGGUAGCGUAAAAUUAAUAAUACGGCAAAAUAUUUCUUUGUUUCACAUGAUGAUUUUUAGGAGACGUCAAAUUUUCUACAAUCUUGCAUAUAAAAACACAAACAUAUCGUGCUAAAAACCAGCGAUCAAGGUUACCAUGAGCCGUAUUCGAUGGUUUCCAUCGUUGAAAGUCAAUACAAAGUGCGUCGAUUACCAUAAAUCAAAUGCUUUAUCAGUCGCUGUAUAUCUUGCAGUAAUAUAUCAUUUUCAACAACAAUGCGAAUCGCUCACGUCACAUUCACGAUUGCAAAUUACGUAUUGGUUUAGGGGCCUCUAAGAGAAAACUAUUUUGUCAAAUUAAAUACUUUUAACCUUUUAGGUAUGAAAGCUUCACAAACGAAUUGACAUUUGUCAACGUCAUUCUUCGCUUUUCACCAAAUAAUGUUUGGCUACAAAUACUGAAAUAUGUCAGUUUUUCAAACAUUAUUGCAAUGAGACUAAUGCCAUGGAACCUAAAUAAAUCAAUGCAUUGUUGCUACGACGCACUAUGCAUUGAUCUGUCAACAAGCAUAACUCCCUGCACUGGGCAUGUAUUGACAUUAUAUGUGGUUUUCUAGUUUAAAUUUUUCAACCCUUAAAAGAAAAGUAAAGCUACACCUUUGAAUAGUAUUCACAGCAAAAGGAAUUUUAUUAGACAACAAGACUAUAACUAUAAGUUUUUAUUCAACUAUCAUUGAAGUUUAAACAAACGGGCCCUUCAAAUGCUAGGAAAAUAUAAUGCUAAGUUCAAGUGAAAUACAGCAAAAACUAACAGUGCUGUGUUGAAUGCGCUCUUAAUAAGUUAAUUUUAAAACUGGAAUUCUUGGAUCAGAAUUUAGAAAAGCAAGCUGGACAAAGUAAAUAGCAUCACAAGUGGCAAAAUAAAAAUGAAUUUAACGUAAUAUGUAGUUUCCGAGUCGAAAGAAUUCAAAUAGCGUAACUACGGGGCUAUAAAAAAACUUUGAUUACGAGCAACGCGACCCUGCCUUACAAUGCAAAUAACCCACAUUUAUAUGAGGAAUGCUAUAGACAUGUGACAUGAAAUCACAAUUCAGUCAAAAAACUUUUUUGUACAAGUAGACGGACGAACACGGAAAUCGGAAAGUUGUGUUGUUGGGUCUCGCCCAUCGUGAAACAACUUUGUUAAAGUGCAGUGAAGUGAUUCCAACAUGGAUGACGACCUGCAGAAAAGAAGAGAAGAAUGCGAGCGCAAGGCGAGGCGGGGGGAGAUGGACCCCCGGCUGGAGUUCACAUUCCAGCUGCUCAUCGACGGCACGGGGCUCCCGCGACAUGCCAUCAUGGACCAUGUAUUCGAAGGAAAUAUGCUGGAUGACAUCAAUCAACUAUUCUUACCUCAUAUGAGAAACAAGCUUCUUUGGUACUAUCAAGAUGUAGAAGAGAUUGAGCAACGACCUCUCCCGGAGGGCACGAAGAAAGGCCAAGGAAAGCCACCGCCGCCCAUUAUAACCUUAAAGAAGAAACUGUUCUUGUCUGAUGGUUGGGACGUCAGGUUUACUGGUGUUUGCAUAUACAUGUUUCGGAUAAAUGUCAGUAAGCAGCUGCCUGAAGAAGGAUUUCAUAAGGAUUUAUUUUGUGGGAUCCUAAACGCGCAGCAAGUGGGCUUAGUGACGGCAAUAGAGAGAGUGAUGGAACAUGUGUAUAUGAAUGCGCUCGCGCAUCCCAGCAAUGACGGGGAAGAAGACGAGACGCGGUUCCCUAUCGUAAAAAAUCAGCUUCUUCCUGGUUUGAGGUCAUUUUGCAGUGCCUUGAAAGUUUGCGAAGACGUCUGCAAUCAAAUAAAUCUAUUUGACGAUGGCCAAGCUCAUAUGUCUUCACUGGAAGACCACACUCAACUGAAAGACAUGGCCAAAAACCCUACUACAAUCACAAUGUUGGAAGAGCGUGUUAACGAGUGGAUCAAGAAGGUUAUGGAGAUACUAAGUGAGAGCGAACAGUUAAGACGCGAGGUGGACUCCAGCGGUCCUCAAGACGAACUGGAAUAUUGGAAGAAGAGAGGCGCACAGUUCUCGCAACUCGUGUCCUAUUUGCAGGAUAACGAAGUCCAACUAACACUCUCAUGUUUACAAAUCGCGAACUCGAAAGUUAUAAAACUAUGGCGAGAUACCGACCAUAAGAUUACUUUUUGCUACAAUGAGGCAAAAGACAACGCUAAGUUCAUCCAAGCGAUGGAGAAAUGCUGCCACUCGUUAUAUCUGGAUGAUCCUGUGAAGAUUAAGGACUCUAUAUUAAGUCUACUACAAACUGUAAGACUGAUACACAGCGUGUCACAGUUCUACAACACUUCUGAGAGAAUAUCUUCGUUAAUGGUCAAGAUAACGAAUCAAAUGAUAGAGACUUGCAAACAGUACAUUACGUGUCGAUUCAAAGAGACUAUAUGGUCACAGGAGAGGGCUUUAGUGAGAGAUAAAUUAAUCCACUGCAUUAACCUGAACAAGACGUAUCGGGAAACCUACUUGUUUGUCAAAAACCAACCAUUUUUACCCAACACUGAGCAGUUUAGCUUUUCUGAAAACUAUGUGUUUGGUAAAUUUGAUACGUUCUGCAAAAGGCUUAAUAAGAUAAUCGCUAUGUUCGACCUCAUGGAUGACUACAAUCAUUUGUUCGAAAAGAGAAUGGAAGGCUUAUUGUUGGGAGAAGAUUUAGAGGAAGCUAUACAUACAUUUGAAGCAGCUAAGAAAACGGUAACAACUCGCCAGUAUGAUUAUUUGGAUUAUAGAAAUAAUGAGUUUGACAAAGAUUACAAUAUAUUCGAAGACAAGACGAAUGCUUUGCGGUACUCCAUAGGGAGUACGAUUGAAGCUAACUUCGCCACGGUUUGGGAAACGCCGCAAGGAAUCAAGUUCUUGACCAGAUUUGAAAAGGUUAGUGAAAAGAUCAUGAUUACGAAAUUGAGUGAGAAGUAUGACCGAGUGUUGCGCUACUGCGAGAAAGAAGUGGACAAGAUCACCAAAAUGUUCAAGAGACAGCGAGAGGACCCGCCGCUGCCUCGCAACUACUCGCCCGUAGCUGGUCGUAUCAAGUGGUCCCGGUGCCUGAUGCAUAACAUGACGGAGACGGUGGAGAACGUGUGCGCGCACCCGGUGCUGCGGGCGCUGCCGGCGUCGGCCGACAUGAUGCGCAAGUACUCCAACACCAGGUCUCUAAUACACAACUAUGAGGAGACCAUGAAAGCCGUCUGGAUGAACCAAAAUUUGUGGGACGUUGACGACAGUUUAAACAACACGCUUCUGAGGAUCGACGAUAGUGGCUGCGUGGUGGUGAACCUGGACCAUACAGUACGACUGCUCAUCCGGGAGUCCGACUGUCUCGUAAAGAUGGGUCUGGACUUGCCUAUCGUCUGCCACUCGCUGUACGCAAAAAAGAAUUACUUUACGCUUGUUAAUGACUCCUUGCAGUUUCUGCUAGAAGAUUAUCUUCGGACAGUACGUCGUGUGAAACUAGAAGUGCGCCCUCUCUUUCUUCCUCAAGUCGUGCGUCUAUCUUCCCUUCUGCUCCCCGGUCUGCGAUCAGUCUGCUGGACGAGCGACGACUGGCAGGAGUUCAUUGACCGAGCUAAUACAGCUAUCAAAUGCUUUGAUGUCCUUGUUACUAGGGUACAUGACAUAUAUACGAACCGUAUUAUAUAUAUGUUGAGUGGGAUGCAAGACGUUACACUCAUUACCUUGCCCGAAGAAACGCCGUGGUCGGUCGAGGAGUUUAUCGAGAACGUUGAAACUGGAUGUCGUAAUGCCUGUGUUGAACUAAACCGCAAGAGUCUUAUGGUGGAAGAAGCAGUAGAAGAAGUUUUGGACUUGGUGAAGAAGGCCGCGCAGCAGAUAAAGCCUACUGAAAUCAACCCUGACUUCGAAUUUCUCAUUGCCGAAGAUGACAGCCAAGCCGGUAGCGGUGCUACUUCGACUGUUAACGACUCUACAUCGAGCGGGCAGCAAGACUGGUCGGCGGUAUGGGAGUGCUUCGAGAGUCCCCAUCGACUUCUGUCCAUGCCUGCUGGAGGCUUGUCCAAGAGCAUGCAGGAAAUGGUGAAGAACGCUGUAAGUGAAAUGCGUCGGUAUUACAGCAGAAAAGUAGUAGACGUACUGAUCAAGGUCACUCGAAGGACGCUCGAUAUAAUCAUCAAACAAUUUACGACUGAGAUAGGAGUUGAAAAUGUCCAAAAGAAACCAAUAUUCCUUUUAAAUGCUGCGCUGAUGAUUCCCAACGUGUCGGUCACGCCGACUUUAGAUGACAUUCAGGAAGUGCUCAUCCUUGCUGGCAAACACAUUUCCGGCCUCUCCAAGGGUGUUGCGCUUUGGACAGGCGGCAAGACGUCACGGGUGAGUUGGAAGAAAAUCGCUCGACCGCCAUCGAACCCGCUUCUAGACGUUGUUACCAAGCUUGACGAACAGGUGCAAUCAGUGACGGCACCACCGAACCCGGCGCAGAAAUCGAACAAGAUGUUGGACGCAGCCAAAAGCCGAAGGAAGAAACAUUACAGAUUAGAGUCUGAAGAGAAACCACAAUUUCCCUUUCAACAAAAGAACUUUUAUAACUAUGUCAUGGAAAAUAAGGAAAUUAUUAAGACCUUAGCAUUACUCUCAAUGUGCACCGCUAAUGUGAAAACGGAAGUAAAUACCUUAGUGAAACGCUGGCGUCCCUACCAUUACCUGUGGAAAUGUGAGAAAACUCUUCGUCAACUACUCGCCUGGAAUCUAAAUGACUUUGAAUUGUCUUUAAAGAGGCAUAGUGAGCUUGAAGCUAAGCUGGAGCUCGAACCCGAUGUCCUGAUCAUUGGGAACUGUUUGGCGGUCUCCACUGAAAAACUAAAGCUUGGCUUAACUACGGAACUCAAAAAUGGCACACACAGAAUAAGCCAAGCUAUGCGGAAAAAGUACAAACGCGAAAUGGACUACGUAUACGCCAUCAUGAAUGAUUUGGAACGCAAGCUGGAGAGGCCUAUUCGAGACUUGGAUGACGUCAGAACUGUCAUGGAGACGCUAAAGAAGAUUAGGGAGCAAGAAGUCGAUAUGGAACUGAGAAUCGACCCCGUUGAGGAAGCUUUUAACGUCAUAACUCGGUACGAGUUGCCAGUGAGCAAAGAAGAUUUAGAACAGGUUGACAAUCUGCGCUAUACUUGGCAACAGUUACAGGCGAACGCUUUAGCGUCGCAUUUCUCACUUCUGAAAAUGCAACCGCAGCUCGAAGACGACUUGAACAGCAAUCUGGAUAGGUUCAGAGAAGAUAAUUCUGAAUAUGUUCAUGAAUACCGCAACGCUGGUCCUAUGCAGCCGGGACUCAGCCCUAGAGAAGCCUCCGAUAGACUGAUAUUGUUUCAGAACCGUUUCGAUGGCAUGUGGCGAAAACUUCAAACGUACCAAAAUGGCGAGGAAUUGUUUGGCUUACCUCACACGGAAUAUCCAGAACUGGCUCAGAUACGGAAGGAAUUAAACCUUCUACAGAAACUUUAUAAGUUAUACAAUGAUGUCAUAGAUCGGGUCAGCAGUUACUAUGAUAUUCCGUGGGGAGAGGUGAAUAUUGAGGAGAUCAACAACGAGCUUAUGGAGUUUCAAAAUAGAUGCAGAAAGCUGCCUAAAGGUCUCAAGGAAUGGCCAGCAUUCUUUGCACUGAAGAAGACCAUAGAUGACUUCAACGAUAUGUGCCCACUGUUGGAGUUGAUGGCUAACAAGGCCAUGAAGCCGCGCCACUGGCAACGCAUCAUGGAAGUCACUAAAUACAUAUUCGAGUUAGACAACGAAGACUUUUGUCUGAAAAACAUUCUGGAAGCACCUUUGUUGCCUAACAAAGAGGAUAUUGAGGACAUCUGUAUAUCGGCAAUGAAAGAAAAAGACAUUGAAGGCAAGUUGCGGGGAGUGACAAACGAGUGGUCAGUCCACGAGCUGACUUUCCAGACGUUCAACAACCGAGGAGAACUGUUACUGAGGGGCGACACCACAGCCGAGACCAUCGGCCAACUUGAAGACAGCCUUAUGAUACUUGGCUCGUUGCUCUCUAACAGAUACAACGCGCCAUUCAGGAAACAAAUCCAACAAUGGCUGUACGACCUUCAAAGCACGAACGAGAUCUUAGAGAGAUGGCUUCUUGUCCAAAACAUGUGGGUGUAUCUCGAAGCCGUGUUCGUUGGUGGCGACAUCGCAAAACAACUGCCGAAGGAAGCUAAAAGGUUCUCUAAAAUUGACAAGUCCUGGCAAAAGAUUAUGCAGAGAGCUCACGAGACGCCUGGCGUUGUAUCAUGCUGUGUCGGAGACGACCUGCUCAAGCAGUUGCUUCCACACCUGCAGGAACAACUAGAACUAUGCCAAAAGAGUCUUAGUGGCUAUCUGGAAAGGAAAAGGACAAUGUUUCCACGAUUCUUCUUCGUGUCAGAUCCUGCUUUGCUAGAGAUCUUGGGACAAGCCUCAGACUCGCACACCAUACAGAAUCACUUGCUGUCGAUAUUUGAUAAUAUACGUUACGUAAAGUUCCACGAUAUUGAAUACAAUAAAAUGAUAGCAAUUGUGUCGUCGGAGGGCGAGGAGAUCAAGCUAGAGCGGCCAGUACGGGCGGAAGGUUCGGUGGAAACCUGGCUGACGUCGCUGCUGCAGUCGGCACAGGGGAGCCUGCAUGCCAUCAUCAGGAACGCGGUAGCUGUCCUCAACGACCCCGGCUUCAACCUACUGCUGUUCUUGGAUAAAAUGCCCGCCCAGAUUGGUCUCCUGGGUAUUCAAAUAAUAUGGACGAGAGAUGCCGAACUGGCGCUGAUGCAAGCUCGACAAGACAAGAAGAUUAUGAUGGACACCAAUAAUAAGUUUUUGGAGUUACUGAACACGCUUAUUGACCAGACAACAAGGAACUUAUCUAAAAUAGAAAGGAUCAAGUUUGAGACUCUCAUCACCAUACAUGUGCAUCAAAGAGAUAUUUUCGAUAUGUUGUGUCGACUUAAUGUCCGGUCAGCAAAUGACUUUGAAUGGUUGAAACAAUGCAGGUUCUAUUUCAAAGAGGACGCUGAUAAAACAUGGAUCUCUGUCACAGACGUGACUUUUACUUACCAGAAUGAAUACCUGGGCUGUACUGACAGACUAGUAAUUACACCAUUAACAGAUAGGUGUUACAUUACCCUUGCUCAAGCGUUGGCCAUGAGCAUGGGCGGCGCUCCUUGCGGGCCAGCCGGGACGGGCAAAACAGAGACUGUUAAAGAUAUGGGCAAGACUUUGGCAAAGUAUGUCGUGGUCUUCAACUGUUCCGAUCAAAUGGAUUACAGGGGUCUAGGGCGCAUCUACAAGGGCCUCGCGCAGUCAGGAUCUUGGGGCUGCUUUGACGAGUUCAACCGUAUCGAGUUGCCAGUAUUGUCAGUCGCCGCUCAGCAAGUCGCGGUCGUCCUUGCAGCUAAGAAAGAGAAAAAGAAAACCUUCGUGUUCACCGACGGAGAUACUUCAGAAAUGUGCCCCGAAUUUGGAAUAUUUAUUACUAUGAACCCUGGGUACGCAGGGCGUAAGGAGUUGCCAGAAAACUUAAAGAUCCAGUUUCGGACGGUAGCUAUGAUGGUGCCAGACAGACAGAUCAUCAUCCGAGUAAAGCUUGCGUCCUGCGGCUUCCUCGAGAACAUCACCCUGGCGAGAAAGUUCUACACGCUUUACAAAUUGUGUGAAGAACAGUUGACAAAACAGGUAUGUCCCUACCUACCGUGCUUCAAACGCCAUCGACUUAAUCUGUACAAAGUUUCUUCUAACAAUUUUGAUUUAUUUAUCCUGAUUUAGGUCUCGGUUCUUCUUGAUAAGAAACAAUUAAUGAUUUUUAAUCUAAUAGCUUAGCUUAGCUCGUGGCUAACCUAUAACCGCAUAAAUGAACGAUCACAGGUCACUACGAUUGACGCAGUUGGUCCCUACCUGAUGGGUGACCAUUCUUGUCAUAACGAGUACCUCCGUGUUUCAGAAGGCACGUUAAUUUUGGGUC